UGUAUCUGCAAAAAAGAUAAAAUUAUUUCAAACCGAAACUCGAUUUUUAGGGCAUAAUAUUAAAGAAGGGACUAUUAUCCCGAUUGAAAGAUCUAUUACUUUUGCGGAAAAAAAUCCGGAUGAAAUAAGAGACAAAAAUCAAUUACAAAGGUUUUUGGGCAGUUUAAAUUAUAUUGCUGAUUUUUAUACUAAUCUUGCAUUUGACACCAAACCUUUAUUUGAAAGGUUAAAAAAGAACCCUCCAGAAUGGACACAUGUUCACACUGAAGCAGUUCGUAAAAUUAAAGCAAAAAUUAAGGAAAUUCCAUGCUUGGCUUUACCUCAUCCUAAUGCAUUUAAAAUUGUCGAAACAGAUGCCUCGGACUUGGGAUAUGGAGGAAUCCUUAAACAAAGGAUUAAUAAUAAAGAAAUUCUUGUUAGAUUUACAUCAGGAGUUUGGAAAGGACCCCGAAUAAAUUAUUCUACUGUUAAAAAAGAAAUCCUUUCAAUUGUUCUUUGCAUACAAAAAUUUGAAAGUGAUUUGCUAAAUCAAAAAUUUCUAUUACGAAUUGAUUGUAAAUCUGCAAAAGAUAUACUUCAAAAAGACAUAAAGAAUGUUGCAUCAAAACAAAUUUUUGCAAGAUGGCAAGGCAUAUUGUCCGUUUUUGAUUUUGAUAUUGAGUUUAUAAAAGGAUCAGAUAAUUGCUUACCUAAUUUCUUAACUCGUGAAUUCUUGCAGGGACAGAAUGAAUAAAGACAAAGGGAAGGCAAAAGCCACUGGUGAACCUUAUAAGGUUCCUUCAUACAAAAAUGUUGUGGGAAAAACCCCAGAACAAUUAAGAAAAGAAGCCUUAAAGGCCACGCCAAAAGAAAACAAACUUAGAGAUGAUGCAUAUGCUAUUGCAGUAUCGUCUAAUAUGACGAAUGAAUUCGUUUAUCCAUAUCUUCCUAUUUCUACAAUAUGGAUCGCACCAAUAGAGCUUAAAUAUGCUCAUCUUGCUGCUAAUGAAGCUGCUAAAUUCUACCUUCAAGAAUUUGCAGACCCAUUUCUUUAUCCUAAGGAUUACAAUUUUUAUUAUGCAAUACUUGACUCUACUGGUUCUGUAGAAUUUGAUUCUGUUAAUCGAACAGGUGGUGAAUGGGCUUAUUCCAAAGCUUUCUUCAAAAAGGUAAUUACUCCUCAACAAUGGAAUAGAGACCUUUAUAGAUUCAGAGAACUUCCUAAAUAUAGAAAGGAACAAAAUAAAUUUUGGUUCAACUAUUUUGAUUAUAUCAAAGCUUGGGAUGGUGCUUUCUGUUAUGAAAACAGACAAAGAAAACACAGUUGGUUUUUCCAAUUUAGAGAUUUUGAUCAAAGUUCUCCUUUACCACAAUGGUUUUUAAUGUGGUUUAAUAAUUGGGGAUUUCAUCCUAUUACUCUUCCUGAUAAAAUCAGAACAAUUUAUGAUGAUUUUAUAAAAUCAAAUGCAUCAUUAAAAACUCCAGGAUUAAUGUUUGCAAUCCUCUAUCAAGUUCCUUGGAUUAUGAAGUGGGACGUUAUUAUUUCCAAAAUGCCCCUUCGUAAAUUUGGAGAAAUUGUUCAUAAUAUCCCUUAUCUGGGAAGAAGGAUUUUAAUCAAAUGGUGGGACAAGUUUGAUUUCUUUGCAGAAAAUUCAGUCUUCUCCCAAAAGGGAUUAAUUAAUCUAGAGCCUCUACCACCUCCUCCAAGUCCCAAGAAAGACAUUACAGAAAUUCCGAGGGAAUUAUUGGCAUCGUCAUCCAAAUCGGAUCUUAAGGCACAAUUAAAAGAAAUCCUACAAGAAUCUGAUUCGGAUACAGAGGACACUGAUAUGGCCAGCCUUAAAUCAGACUCAAUGCAAGACUCCCAGGACCCAUAUGAUGUUUAG